CUUCGUAAUCAUUCUAUGGAAUAUCAACUAUUGGGUAGAGAUGUAUUAACCGAGUGUUACAACAGAGACAAGAAGAAGUCCCAGUUACUUGUUGUACGGGAAUUACCUCACUGGGGACAUACAACAUGCAUGUCAAUUGCCGACUCAGCGUCUCAAAUGGAAUUUAUGGACCACAGUUUGUCAAAAUAAACUAAACCGAAUUUGGAAAGGAAAUAUGCAUUUACAUACAUCAUAUUGGAGGUUGAUCCUGGCAGUUAUUCCAUGCUUCAUAUUUCUAAUCAAAUUCUCUACGAAAGAAGAAGACUAUGACGAUGAGUGGGAGGAGCAUGUUGAGUACUAUGAUGCAGUGGAUGGCACGAAUACACGCCCACAGUUACAGACACGAAUCACUGGCAUUAGCUUAACUGAGCAAUCUCUAAUGCACAGAUCCACUUCAAGGAAGAUUACUAAACUUGGUUUAUCUACUGAGUCAGACAGACUCAGUAUCUUUCGGGCUAUUUAUUAUUUCUAUACAGCACCAGUUACCAAGUUCAUUCUCAAUGGUCUAGUGUAUGUGAUGUUCCUGGUGAUGUUUAGUUUUUUCACAUUAACUGAUUUACGACCUGCUAGUCAGCCUGCAUCACCAGGUAAAUGGGAGUGGUUGACGAUGAUAUGGGUUGCUAGUCUUGCUUUAGAAGAAGGCAGACAGAUUUUGGUUCGAGAAGCCAAGUCACUACGCUUCAAGAUUCGUAGCUGGUUUGAUGAUGUUUGGAAUAGAUUUGAUCUGGCCAUGAUAUUGUUAUAUAGCAUCUCAAUAACUCUACGCUUCUCAUUGGAUGGAUCUCAGUUUAUGAUAGCUAGAAUCAUGUACAGCAUAACCCUGAUGAUUGAUAAUUCCUACAUUGACAUUGACACCAUGUAUAAAGCACAGAUUGAUAAUUCCUACAUUGACAUUGACACCAUGUAUAAAGCACAGAUUGAUAAUUCCUACAUUGACAUUGACACCAUGUAUAAAGCACAGAUUGAUAAUUCUUACAUUGACAUUGACACCAUGUAUAAAGCACAGAUUGAUAAUUCCUACAUUGACAUUGACACCAUGUAUAAAGCACAGAUUGAUAAUUCCUACAUUGACAUUGACACCAUGUAUAAAGCACAGAUUGAUAAUUCUUACAUUGACAUUGACACCAUGUAUAAAGCACAGAUUGAUAAUUCCUACAUUGACAUUGACACCAUGUAUAAAGCACAGAUUGAUAAUUCUUACAUUGACAUUGACACCAUGUAUAAAGCACAGAUUGAUAAUUCCUACAUUGACAUUGACACCAUGUAUAAAGCACAGAUUAUUUGCUCUAUUAGUAGUUCAUGCACAUCUGGUGUAUAA